GCCCCGACGCCGCACGAGCUCGCUUCGCUCCGACGCCGACGUCUGCUCGCUCUCCGCAAGACACUCAUCGCGAUGGCAUCGACGUCCGCUGUGUGCAAGGUGGCGCUGGUGCUGCUCCUGGUGGCCGCUUUGGCAGCCUCUGCUCCCAGCUACCCAGACUAUGACAACGUGCGCGACCUGUACGAGCUGCUUCUGCAGCGCGAGGCGGAGGGCGCCCGUCUCGCCGCCGCUGGCGACGACCACCAGCUGGUGCGCAAGUCCAACCGAUCGCCCUCCCUGCGACUGCGCUUCGGACGCCGAUCCGACCCUCUCUUCGGGGCACCCUCCGCCGCCGCAGGGUCUGGACAGGACUCGCUGGCCGUGGCUGCGCGCUCUCCAUCCCUCCGCCUACGCUUCGGACGUCGCUCUGAUCCUCUGCUCUCCAACCAGCUGGGCGCUCCAGAGAGUCCAGUGGAGAACUGAAGGCCCUGAAUACCACCGCUAACGACCAUAGCUACUCUCUGACCCACAUCCAACGUAACUGCUGUAGAAAUCUCUCCGUUUGUUUUGCGUCCCACCAGAAACCACUGCGCGGAUAGUAUUUUAAAACCAGAACUUCUCUUUCAAGACGCUCGACAACAGCGUCUGUGAAAUACGCUCCGAUCCGACCACGGUGUACCCGUUUCCCUUAGAGUAUCAUUACACGUCAAUGUAAAAUACAAAACGUAUUAUUAAUGCUACUUCCGAAUACGAAGCUGUUAUUGUAUUUGCUGUAGCAGUGUAAAAAAAAAGUCUGUUAAAUAAACAUCCCAGAAAAAAUUCAUCACUUUCUGUAAUUCGUGUCUGACCAGAUUUCUUCUCUGUGUGUCACGUCGCACACUGCAUUCCACUUGCUUUUUUGAUCCUCUUGAUUGCUGCUUGGAUAUGCUUUGCUAGUAAGUAGCUUAAUAACAAUGUACGAAAUGCAAUGAAUUGCAAAAUACAUGUAGAAGCU